AGCUAAACUAGCCUCCAACAGCUGAAAGUCAGCAUCAUCGCCACUCCUCCUGUAGGAAGGGCGCUCCCCGGAUAGCUAGCUGGCUAGCUGUACUCAGCAUAACGAUGGCAGUAAACCUCAGCAAAAACGGCCCUGCAUUAACUGCGGCAUAUAAAGAAGUAGUAGAUGAAAAGUCCAAUACCAACUGGGCCUUGUUCACCUAUGAGGGAAACAGCAAUGACAUUCGUCUGGCAGAAACAGGGGAUGGAGGACUGGAAGAGUUGGUUGAGGAACUCAACAGUGGAAAAGUGAUGUAUGCUUUCUGCCGAGUUCAGGACCCUAAUUCUGGUCUGCCCAAAUAUGUCCUCAUCAACUGGACUGGAGAAGGAGUAAAGGAUGCCAGAAAGGGAAUAUGUGCAAAUCAUGUCCUCUCCAUGGCCAAUUUUCUUAAGGGGGCUCAUGUCACAAUUAAUGCCAGAGCAGAGGAAGAUGUGGAACCUGAAGCGAUCAUGCAAAAAGUGGCUAAAGCAUCAGGAGCAAACUACAGCUUCCACAAAGAAACCUCGAGCCGUUUCCAGGAUAGUGGUCCUCAGGGGCCUGUGGGUUCAGUGUAUCAGAAAACCAACGCUAUGUCAGAAAUCAAGAAGACCAAUAAAGACAACUUCUGGGCACAGGCAGAGAAAGAAGAGGAAAAACGUCGACAGGAGGAGCGACACAAGGCUGAGGAGGAGCGCCAGAAGCUGGAAAGGGAGAGGAAAGACAGGGAGGCCAAGGAAUCGGUACUGAGGGAGAAAAGGGACAAGGAGAGGGCCUCUCAAAUCGAGCAACAGAAGAAGUACCAGCAGCAGCUGGAAGCUGAAAGUAAAGAGCAGGAGAAGCAGCGUUGGGAGGACCAGCAGGAGAAUGAGGCAGCCCAGAAGAAAUCAGUCAGGAGAGGUGAAUCAUUGGAGAAGGCCAAUGAGGCUGCCUCUCUAAUCUCUCAGCGUGCUGUGAACCCCAGAGAGAUGUUCAAACAGAGAGAGCGGGGAAUAACUCCCAGUGACUCAGAUGUGCCCCAUGCUGCCCCAGCUAGCCCUCAGCCAGGGCGUCUUCAAAGCCCUUUUCUGUCUAAGCAAGUGUAUGAAUCUGAGCAAGCCAGCUCACCUCAGUGCCAAGCUUCUCCUUCUCCUGUGCCAGCAGGCUCCGCCUCUCCUGUCCGUGCCACAGAACCUGAAGUAGAUGAUGGUGAGUCCAGGUGUGAGUAUGAUGAGCAGGAGCCAGCCCCCCAGCAGGAGUGUAAAGAGGAGGCACCGGCUGCCAACUCGUAUGUCCAGGAGCCCGUUUAUGAAGAGCCUGCUCAGGUGGAGGAAAGUAACUCCUAUGAGGUGACUGCAGAAGACACAGCAGAUAAAGGCAUCUGUGCCAGAGCCUUAUAUGACUAUCAGGCUGCUGAUGACACAGAGAUCUCUUUUGAUCCCGAUGAAAUCAUCACUGGAAUUGAGAUGAUAGACGAGGGCUGGUGGCGAGGGUAUGGCCCAGACGGCCAUUUUGGAAUGUUCCCGGCCAAUUACGUGGAGCUAAUUUAGCCUAGCACACACACCCUGCACUUUCCCACAGAUCACCAAUGAAUCGGGCCCCGAGGACCUCAGCAGUCAAACAACAUAAAGCAAAGUCAGUCCUCCCAUACAAGGGAUAAGGCUGAAAACGAGCAUACGAGGCUCUACAUUGCAGACCAACAAACACAGAUAAAAAUUGUGAGCUAAAAGAAGAUACCUCGUCAUUUCAAGAAAGUAAUUCCAUUAAAUUGUUGAUGUUAUACACAGCUGAUGGCAUAGUAUAAUAAUUUGUGAAGACUCAUAGACCAACCAAAAUUUCCCUAAUCCCCUCGCUGCCCCCAAAUACAGUAAGUCUCUUUACCUGUAGAUGUGAUGCAGUACAUCAGCCCUUAAGUCUUAAUUUCAGUUGUGAGAAUUAAUAGCACUUCGAGAUCACAUUCCUUACAAAGUGGCUUCAGUUCUAUUUCAGGUAUGAUUUUGUUGUUACUUGUAGCAGAUGCUCCUGUCCAUUUCAGGAAAAAAAAAAAAGUGGUACCAGCUACAGCCUAAUUUUUCGCCUUGUUUUUGCCUUUCU